CAGGACUUGUUCCUGAGUUUUAUGAAGGACCUACUGCACCCGUGGAUUAACCAGACCAACACCAUCUGCACCACAUCGAGCGGUGAGUUGCUGCGACUAGCCAGGGCAGGAGAUGCGGACGCCAUCAAUGUCAUCAUCACACUACUGGAACUACUGAGGGGUGUGAUCGACGGAGCUUCCUCGUCCACUGCCACAGUGAUAUACCUCAACCUACAGCGACUUCUCGACCCCAUCAACAAGCUGCUAAGAGCGUACCAGCACUAUCCCGAUGUAGUGGCGUGUGUGCUGGAGCUAUAUUGCAGUCUGGUGGAUCGCAUGAUCAAUCAUCUGUCAGAGCAACACGUGGGCACCCUCUACACUGCCUGUGUGUCGCUUAUUAAGACGUACUCGGCCGUGUUCAGUGGUAAGGG